AAUGGAACACCGAAGCGCUGUCUCGCAGCUGUCGCCAGGUCGCGACUGUGUCUUGCGUGUGCCAGUCGUCGUCUUUUCGCCUCUCCCAACACGAUGAUGACCGACGCCGCCGCCGAGUCGGACCUCGAGAUCUCGUUUAUCGCGAGCCCGACGUCGUCCGAACCCUCCUUCUUUCACCCGGACGCGUCACCUCGGUCGUUCAUCUACCCGACGUCGGCCCAAUACCAGGCAAGCACGAACGCGCCGAUCCGGUCCAACAAUUCGUCGCUCUUCUCGUCGUUCCAAUCCGAGACACCGGCGCGGGACGGACCCUCGUCGGGAUCGGACGCAUCGUCGUCCGAGCUGCUCUCGACGUCCACUUCGCAACCGCUGAGCACCGAUUUUAAUGUGCUCUCGGGUGCCUCCGUCGCUGUGCUCUCGGGCGCCACCUCGGACGUCCUCUCGUCCACCAAGUCGGACGUCCUUUCGGCCACGACCUCGCACAUGCCCUCGAGUACGAGCUCCAGCGUGCAGACGGCCGUCAACGCCAACUACGUUCUCUCGGGGCCAUCUGCCGACGUGGCGCAGCAUAGCGUUUUCUCUGGCUCGACGUCGAGCUCGGACGUGCCGCCGCCGCUCUCGGCGUCCUCGUCCCACAUGUACUACGAGGAAGAGUCGGGGCGCCAGAGUCUCUUCUUGCCCAAGCACAAGGAGACGAUUUCCGAGCCGCUUCUCAACUCGAACUUUGAGCCGACGCUCCUCGCGGGGCUAGAAGAGCCAUUUUUCAACUUUGAUUUUGCGGGCGACGACGACAGCUCGGAGGCGUCGUUCAAGAUGCCGCUGGUCGGUGGCGCGAGCGGCGACGAGUCGAGUCAGUCGGAGCAGCACCCGACGUUCUACUAUGACGACUCGUCGUACGAGGACAAUGUCAAUAUUUGGGCGUCGCGCGUCUGGACGUCCCGGUCGGAAACCGAGGGCGAGCUCGAGUCGUACCUCCAUGCAAUGGAGCUCGCGCGCGUGCACAUGCAAAAGGUUGCGUCAACCAAGGGCGCCAAGCAUGAGUGCGAGCCGUACCCGAUGACGCCGAUCGAAGAGCACGCCGCGCGGCUCUCGCUCGAGGUCGAGGCGAUGGACGACGGCCUCAAGCCACCGCCGUCGCCACUUCGCACGCCGUUCCACGCAAACGGUCGUCCGAGCCGGAGCUUCAAAGGCUCCAUGUCGGGUCCCAACUCGAACGACCACACGUCGUCCGUGUACAGCUCGUAUGUGGCGCGCACCACGUCGCCUGUCGACUUGCGCGCGCGGGAAAACGCGAUUUUGUCGCCGUACCUGCAGCAAAAGCAGGCCGCGCAGACGCUGCAGUGGUUCGAUGCGAUCUUUCUGAUGCCGCACGAAGCGCUCCGUCACGCGCUUGUCCGCAUUCGCCGGCUCAUCUCGAUCGACUACAUCCCGUUCCAUCAGAGCUGGAAGGUCGACCUCUUCUUUGAUUGGUUCGCCGAGUUUGCCCUUUUCGUCCGGACCGCGAUCGAGAUCAAGCGGACGGUCGUUGUGCCCCGGGUUGUCCAGCGCAAGCCAGCACUCGCCUCGGGCCUCGCGGUGACGAUGGAAGGCUACGACGCAACGCUUGCAGUGCUCGACGCGAUCAAGUACUUUCACAACCGGUCGUACGAAAAAGAGAAUGACGUGGGCAAGGCGAGCAUGCUCUGGGCGACGUACCUCCUCCAGCUCACAGAGUACCUCGGGACUGUCGAGCGACUUGUGUUGGCCAACCUCGAUAAAGACGAAGUCGACUUGAGCAAUGCGCUCGCCGUGGCGUACACGCACCGAACGUACCUCGCCAAGCUCCAAAAACCCAUCGAAGAGGCGCUCAACGAACAGGCCAAGCGCGUGAUGGUUCCGUGGAUGCUGGACGCGCGCCAGUUUGGCUUCAAAGGCGACUUGCAGCACUGGCAGUGGGGCUGGUUUAGCAAGUGGCUCUACGAGCACCGGUGGCGGCCCUACUACCAGACGCACGUCGAAGGUCUCUUGACGCGCAUCGAGUUUGCCUCGACGACCAAAGGCUAAGCAUCUUUUUAUCUAAUUUAGCUCGUGUAUCCUACCCUAUAUAAUGCAACGUAUGUGGUCAAGCGUGAGA